AUGGAUACCUCUUCGGUCCCUCUGCUCAACUACGGCCUGCAGUACCAGUGGUGCUCAGACUCAGACCUCUCCAGCAUCUCCUCUUCAGAGACCCUCUCCCCUUUCCACUCUAUGGACUCCAGCCUGUCUCCUUCCUACCAGCAGCCUCCACAGUCCACCCCUAAGGCAGCGAAAACUGGAUAUUCCCAGAGCCUCAAAUCCUCCACCUUCUCCCUGUCUGGACGUGGCCGGAAGUCGGGCCGAGCCAACCGGAUCCGCAGCAAACAGAGGGAGAGCGCCAGCGAGAAGGAGAAGCUGAGGAUGAGGGAUCUGACCAAGGCUCUGCAUCACCUCAGGUCCUACCUCCCGCCCUCGGUUGCCCCCGCCGGACAGACUCUGACAAAGAUUGAAACCCUCCGCCUCACUAUCCGCUACAUCUCCUACUUGUCGGCCCAGCUGGGCCUCAGCGAGGAGGUGCUGUUUCAGCGAAGGGAACAAGGAGACACCUCGGCAAGCGACACCUCCUCGCCUGACAUCCUCAGCUACUUCCAGCACGGCUCCAUGGGAGGUCAGGAGGCCCAGCUCCAGAACCAGAACCUCAACCUCAACCAAAGCCUGUACCAAGCCCAGUGUCACAGCCAGAACACCAUGCUGCACUCUGGGAGCUGUAGUUUUGGAGUGGAUCAGUACAAUAAACAGUACGGUGAAGCUCCUCAGGGAGACAUCAACAUGGAUACCAUCAUGCAGUCAGCUCCAACAACACAGCCCUCCUGUCAGAUGUGUGGCAAAGACUUCUGCAUCCCGCUGGUUCCCAGAGAGUAUUGGGGCUAA